CAUUGAUUAGUAAUAGUAUUUUUAUUUGUUUUUCUCUAUGAGCGGUGACGCACUUUGGGAUUAUCUGCAAGCAUUUGUCCUACCGACUAGCUCAAUCUAUCUUCCUCCCAUCAAUGGCUUUCUGCAUGAGAAUUUCAAGAAACUUUAUUCAUACACUCAAAUCAAAGGUGGGUUUCUUCCGCCGUGAUCUUACCCCUUGGUUAACAUCCCCAUGUGUUCAGAUUUUCGAAAACCCAGAUCCUAUUCUGCAAACUAAUGUUACCCGAUUCACAAGUCGCCGGUUUGAAUCAAUCAAAGCCGAGGAACAGUGCAGUUCUGCGGAUCACGCUCAGGCAGGUCUUGGAUUUUCCAGGAGGAAAGGUUGCAUUUACCCCUCAAAUGGAGUUCCUAUCUGAAUCUCCUGAGGUACGUUCACCCUGCUACCGGGUUCUUGACGAGUAUGGCUUGUCAAUUGAGCACAGCAGUUUUGCAGAGGUUAGCAAGGAAGUUGCCAUCAAAAUGUACAGUGACAUGGUUACUCUUCAAACUAUGGAUACUAUAUUCUAUGAAGCACAAAGGCAAGGAAGGAUGUCAUUCUAUGUGACCACAAUAGGAGAAGAGGCCAUCAACAUUGCCUCAGCAGCAGCACUUAGCAUUAGUGACAUUGUCGUUCCUCAGUACAGGGAGCCUGGUGUUCUAUUGUGGCGUGGUUUUAGCCUGCAAGAAUUUGCAAACCAAUGUUUCGGAAACAAAGGUGAUAAUGGGAAAGGAAGACAAAUGCCUGCCCAUUAUGGAUCUAACAAGCAUAAUUACUUUACCAUAGCAUCAACAAUUGCAACACAACUUCCCCAUGCAGUUGGUGCUGCAUAUUCUUUGAAGAUGGAUAAAAAGGAUGCAUGUGUAGCCACUUACUUUGGUGAUGGUGGCUCAAGUGAGGGAGAUUUCCAUGCUGCUUUAAAUUUUGCUGCGGUUUUGGAGGCCCCUGUUAUUUUUAUCUGUCGGAACAAUGGAUGGGCCAUUAGCACUCCCCUCUCAGAUCAAUUUCGAAGUGAUGGCAUUGUUGUUAGAGGCAAAGCUUAUGGAGUCAGAAGUAUCCGCGUAGAUGGCAAUGAUGCUCUUGCAAUGUAUAGUGCAGUUCAUGCUGCAAGGAAAAUGGCAAUUAGUGAAUCCCGGCCAAUUCUAAUUGAAGCCCUUACGUAUAGAGUUGGACAUCACACUACGUCAGAUGAUUCCACCAAGUACCGUUCAGCCGAUGAGAUCGAAUGUUGGAGAGUUAAACGGGACCCUGUUAGUAGAUUUAGAAAGUGGAUUGAAAGCAAUGGUUGGUGGUGUGAUGAGACUGAGAUGGAGCUCAGAAGCAGCGUUCGGAAGCAGCUUUUGCAUGCUAUUCAAGUAGCCGAGCAGGCUGAGAAACCUCCUAUUAGGGACUUGUUUACAGACGUUUAUGACGUGCCUCCUGCCAACCUCUGCGAGCAAGAAAAAUUGCUGAAAGAGACCAUUAAAAGAUACCCGCAAGAGUAUCCUGCACAUGUCUCAGUGUAAGAAACUGUGUUCUCUUGUGAAGCUUGAACUACUGAUCUCGCGCCUUUCUUUUCUUUUUUUUGCUUUUUUUUAAUUUAUUUAUUUGUUUGGAUAAAAUUUAAAUUCUACUAUCCAAAGAAACUGUCUGUCCCAAUAAGCUGCUGCAAUGAAUAGAAACUAUCUGAAACAAAAUGUAUGAGUCUACAGUUAGUUUGUUACCAUCUCACAAUUGCUUCUGCAGUGACUUUAACUAAAAAAAUAUGAUUUUGAUU